GCAAAGCAGCAGGAGCAGAGUGAGGUGAAAGGACCAGAGUGAGACGACGGGAGCAGACUGGGAAGAAGGAGGGCACAGGGGACAAGGCAGACCAGAGCGGGGGCGAGGACGAGGACAGCACGAUGUCUGGCCAAUCUUCAUGGCAGGACCAGAUGACAAGAAUAUGCAGCUGGAUGAAUGGGACCAUUCAACUCAAAAAACUCUUCAUUCCGAGCAUCAUAGUGAUUGCUGCUUUACUGGGGCUCAUUAUUCCUUUAGCAAAGAAGACUUGUCCUAAAUGUAGAGAAACAUGUCUAGGAGACUGGUUGCAGUUCAGAAAUAAUUGCUACUUAUAUGAUACUGAAAAAAAAAAUUGGCUUGAGAGCCAGAAAUUAUGCAAAAGCCUAGAUGCUGAUCUAGUUGUGAUUGAAAACCAUCAGGAGCUGGCAUUGGUUCAGAAAUUCCAGGGUUCCUGGAUUGGUAUCCAAAGGAUAAAUGGACAACUCUACUGGGUGAAUGGAACCCUACUGAAUGACGCUCUGUUUCCACUCACUGAUCCUGGAGAUUGUGCUUACAUUUCUACAGAUAAAAUUUCUACAGAUGGCUGUUCUACAAACAAAUCUGCUGUUUGCAGCAAGCGUCUGACUGUGACAUGAGGGAGGAAGAGAGUGGAGGUGGGACGUGCAGGAAAACUAUAAACAAAGAGGAGGAGGAAAGUCACGAGUCCUCGGUGUUGAGGGAUGCUGGGGUUGUUAGCUCCCCAGACUAGACUGUGUAAGAUUCUUGUGGGCAGGGACUGUGUGUACUGAGUGUAUACUUCUCUCCCAAUCACUUAGAAUGGUGCAGGGAGACCAGAGUUAUGCAUAUGGUGUGGAGGGGGAAUAAAGGCCUUUGGUGUUUGUACA